CGGUCGAUUCGGACUCAAUUUGAGAACGUAUACGGACACAGAAGAUUUUUCGUUAUAUCGAGCAUGAUCGUGUGAAAUUUAAUUUUUUAGUAAUUUGGAUCUUGACGAGACUGGUCGCAAACUCUGGCCGAGAACAGAAUUUAUAAAACAAAUCAGAAAAAUUGAAUUAAUAAUUUUCAUUGAGGAAAAAUCGACGAUCCAAAAAACAAUUUUCGAUUCAUAUGUUGGAUAACGAUUUUCUUUUAGUUUUCGGAGCCAAAAUUCAUUCAGAAUAUAAGAGUUUUAUUGGCCGCAUCGAUAAUAGUGAUUUCAUAAAACCAGGCCGGUGGAUAAUUUAUUUGAUUUUUUCGUGUCCAUGCCAUGCGCGAUAAACUUGCUCAACUAUUUUGCCCGCAAAAGAGCGUAUGCAAAAUCGACUCAACUAUCAUAAAAGGACAUAAUGUGCCAAUUAAAGACACAUUUAAACACUUCGAAGAUGGGACAACAAGGACAACGCAUACCAACGGGUAUCUUGGGACAGGGGACCCCGAAGCGACAGAGACCGACUCAUCAGGGACCGGGGGGAUGCGGGACUCGUUGGAGGGGUCGGGCGCAAAGAAGAACGACGCUGUUCACCUCCAGAGACGGGUGGGACUCUUCAGUGGGGUGGCUUUAAUUGUUGGAACUAUGAUUGGAUCUGGAAUUUUCGUAUCGCCUUCAGGUUUACUUGUGCGAACAGGUUCUGUCGGUAUAAGCUUUUUGAUAUGGCUGGCAUGUGGCUUACUCUCACUACUGGGUGCUCUAGCUUACGCUGAAUUGGGCACCAUGAAUACAUCAUCUGGUGCAGAGUGGGCAUAUUUUAUGGACGCGUUUGGAGCGCCUCCUGCCUUUCUGUUUUCAUGGGUUUCAACAUUGGUACUUAAACCAUCUCAGAUGGCUAUUAUAUGCCUUUCAUUUGCCCAAUAUGCAGUUGAAGCUUUUGUUUCAGAAUGCGAUCCGCCAGUGGCUGUUGUGAAAAUGGUUGCAAUGUUGGCUAUUGUGAGUAUAUUGUGUGUGAACUGCUAUAGCGUCAAUUUAGGCAUGGCUGUCCAAAAUGUUUUUGCGUCAGCUAAGAUGGUAGCAGUGCUGAUAGUUAUAGGCGGCGGUGCCUAUAAACUAUGUCAGGGAAACGUUCAACAUCUACAAAAUGCAUUUAAUAAUCCUGCACCGCCGUUUGGAGCGAUCGCAGCCGCAUUUUACACAGGGUUGUGGGCCUAUGACGGCUGGAAUAACUUAAAUUACGUGACCGAAGAGAUUCAAAAUCCAUCCAAGAAUCUGCCGUUGUCGAUAAUGAUUGGAAUACCAUUGGUGACACUGUGCUAUGCAUUGAUCAACAUUUCAUAUCUGGCUGCAAUGUCACCUACCGAAAUGAUUGAAUCGGAAGCUGUGGCGGUUACAUUUGGUCACAGAAUACUCGGUGCGUUGGCGUGGCUGAUGCCAUUGAGCGUGACAAUCAGCACGUUCGGUAGCGCAAAUGGAACUCUAUUUGCAGCGGGAAGAUUGUGCUUUGCCGCCAGUCGAGAAGGUCAUCUGCUUGACAUUCUAUCAUAUGUACAUGUACGACGCUUAACCCCAUCACCGGGAUUAAUAUUCCACUCUUUGAUAGCCGCAGCUAUGGUUUCGUAUGGUACAAUCGAUUCGUUGAUUGACUUCUUCAGUUUUACAGCGUGGAUUUUUUACGGCGGUUCCAUGUUCGCUUUGAUCGUAAUGAGAUAUACAAAACCCAAUUAUCCAAGGCCUUACAAAGUGCCAAUCAUCAUUCCAUAUGUGGUUCUGAUUAUCUCCAUUUACCUGGUUGUCGGUCCCAUAAUAGACAAACCUCAAAUCGAGUACCUGUACGCAGUGAUGUUCAUAUUGACUGGUCUCAUAUUUUACAUACCGUUCGUGAAGUACGGCAUGACACCGAGAUUUAUGGAAAAAGUCACACUCUUCCUUCAACUGUUGUUGGAAGUUGUACCUACAACCACAAUGGGAAUGUUUGAUUGAAAACGUGUUAUACUUGAUAUAGCAUCAAUGCUGGCUAAAAGGACUUCUAUUUAAAUGAUAAAGAAAAGUUAUAUAUUUACUACAAAUGAAAUAUUAAAUUAGAUACUAGAACAAUAGAUAUUAACCACAAAAAAUGAAUUGUUGUUUUGAGAAAAAGGUACAGUCGACGUCAGUGAAAUUCAGGCAUGCAUUUGUUUCAACUGGUUCUCAGCCGGUUCCAUUCAACGAUCACUAUAGAGUAUUAUGAUGAAAGAGAAAGAAAUAUUUCGACAAGUACCCCAAGGCAAGUUAUAAUAAACUGGUCUUCGGUGUUCUCACUCACAUCAUAACAUGUUGAAAGAGAAGCAAAUACUUUGACAGGCAAGUUAUAUAAUUAAUAGGUCUUCGGUUUUCUCGCUCUGGAUCAUAACACUCUAUUGUUUGUAUGAGUGGACCAGAUGAAAAACAGCUGAAAUAAAUUCGUGUCUA